AUGGGGUAUGGCGGUGAACAAAAUGUUGGUAUGGAGUAUGGUGGUGAUCAGGACGCUGGUAUGGAGUAUAGUGGUGAUUAGAAUGCUGGUAUAGGGUAUGGCGGUGAACAAAAUGCUGGUAUGGGGUAUGGCAGUGAUCAGGAUGCUGGUAUGGGGUAUGGUGGUGAUCAGGGUGUUGGUUUGGGGUAUGGCAGUGAUCAGGAUGCUGGUAUGGUGUAUAACAGUGAUCAGGGCACAGGUAUGGUGUAUGGAGAUGAUCAGGGAGCUAGUAUGGGGUAUGGUGGUGAUCAGGACGCUGGUAUGGGGUAUGGUGGUGAUCAGGACGCUGGGAUGGCAUAUGGGGUGAUCAGGAUGCUGGUAUUGGGUAUGGUGGUGAUCAGGACGCUGGUAUGGGGUAUGGUGGUGAUCAGGACGCUGGUAUGGCAUAUGGGGUGAUCAGGACGCUGGUAUGGGGUAUGGUGGUGAUCAGGACGCUGGGAUGGCAUAUGGGGUGAUCAGGAUGCUGGUAUUGGGUAUGGUGGUGAUCAGGACGCUGGUGGGGUAUGGGGUAUGGCGGUGAUCAGGAUGCUAGUAUGGCAUAUGGGGAUGAU